AGGUGGAAUCAUGACGGAGGAUGCGGGGGAAGAAGGCGGGAGCCGACGGCUGAAGAGUCUCGGUUGACAUAGUAACUCUUCAGCUCUGUCUCCCUUGCUCUCAGCUCUCAGGUUCCGCUGCCACCCGCCGCCCCGCCUGCGCUCGCUCGGUCCGGGAGCCCCAGCCGCCUCCCCGGACGCACCCCAGAAAAGGUCCCCUUUGCGACCCGCUGCGUGGUGACUUCUCCCCGGGCCAGCGGGUGAGCCGCUCGCGGAGCUCAUCUCUCAGGGCGUCUGCCCUCCUCGCCUCACCCUCACCCCCUGAGCACCAGUCUGCCGCGGGCCAGUCCGGCAGGUGACGCGGACCCCUCCGCACCGGGUCCCCGCUGGAACUGCCGAGGCGCCUCCCCCAGGAGCUGGAUCCCGGCCAGUCGGGCGUUCCCGCCAUGAACCAGAGCUCAGCAUUCGGGCCCGGGAGGGGAGGCUCUCCCGGGGUGGCUACCCGGGCCCGCGCGCGGCGCAACGAGAGCCAAGACUAUCUGCUCAUGGACUCGGAGGUGGGAGACGACGGCUGGCCGCAGCCCCCCCUGCCUCCCUACGGCUACUACCCUUGCUUCCGGGGCACCGACAAUAGACUGACCCACCGGCGGCAGACAGUUCUCCGUGAGAAGGGGAGAAGGUUAGCUAACCGAGGACCAGCAUACAUGUUUAAUGAUCACUCAACAAACCUGUCUAUCGAGGAGGAACGCUUUUUAGAUGCAGCUGAAUAUGGCAACAUCCCAGUGGUAAGGAAGAUGUUAGAAGAAUGCCUCUCACUCAAUGUUAACUGUGUGGAUUACAUGGGCCAGAAUGCCCUGCAGCUGGCGGUGGCCAAUGAACAUCUGGAAAUUACAGAACUUCUUCUCAAGAAAGAAAAUCUGUCUCGUGUUGGGGAUGCCUUACUUUUAGCUAUUAGUAAAGGUUAUGUUCGGAUUGUGGAAGCCAUUCUCAGUCAUCCAGCUUUUGCUGAAGGCAAGCGGUUAGCAACCAGCCCCAGUCAGUCUGAACUCCAGCAAGAUGAUUUUUAUGCCUAUGAUGAAGACGGAACACGGUUCUCCCAUGAUGUGACUCCAAUCGUUCUGGCCGCCCACUGCCAGGAAUAUGAAAUUGUGCACACCCUCUUGCGGAAGGGUGCUCGGAUUGAACGGCCUCAUGACUAUUUCUGCAAGUGCAGCGAAUGCAACCAGAAACAGAAGCAUGACUCCUUCAGCCAUUCCAGAUCUAGAAUUAAUGCCUACAAAGGCCUGGCAAGCCCAGCUUACCUGUCAUUGUCUAGUGAAGAUCCAGUCAUGACAGCUUUAGAGCUUAGCAAUGAGCUGGCAGUGCUGGCCAACAUUGAGAAAGAGUUCAAGAAUGACUACAAAAAACUGUCAAUGCAGUGCAAAGAUUUUGUUGUUGGACUCCUCGAUCUGUGCAGAAAUACCGAAGAAGUAGAGGCCAUUCUGAAUGGGGAUGUUGAAAUACACCACAGUGGUGGAGAUCACUGUCGUCCAAAUCUCAGCCGUUUAAAACUUGCCAUUAAAUAUGACGUAAAAAAAUUUGUAGCUCAUCCAAACUGUCAACAGCAGCUUCUGUCCAUAUGGUAUGAGAACCUUUCCGGUUUGCGGCAGCAGACCACGGCAGUCAAGUUUCUUGUGGUCCUCGCCGUUGCCAUCGGACUGCCUUUCCUGGCUCUCAUUUACUGGUUUGCUCCAUGCAGCAAGAUGGGGAAGAUAAUGCGUGGCCCAUUCAUGAAGUUUGUAGCACAUGCAGCCUCCUUCACCAUUUUUCUGGGGCUACUAGUCAUGAAUGCAGCUGACAGAUUUGAAGGCACCAAACUCCUUCCUAAUGAAACCAGCACAGAUAAUGCAAAACAGCUGUUCAGGAUGAAAACCUCCUGCUUCUCAUGGAUGGAGAUGCUCAUUAUUUCCUGGGUAAUAGGCAUGAUAUGGACUGAAUGUAAAGAAAUUUGGACUCAAGGCCCCAAGGAGUACUUGUUUGAGUUGUGGAAUAUGCUUGAUUUUGGAAUGUUGGCAAUCUUUGCAGCAUCAUUCAUUGCAAGAUUCAUGGCAUUUUGGCAUGCUUCCAAAGCCCAGAGCAUUAUUGAUGCAAAUGAUACUUUGAAGGAUUUGACAAAAGUCACAUUGGGAGACAAUGUGAAAUACUACAAUUUGGCCAGGAUAAAGUGGGACCCCUCUGAUCCUCAAAUUAUAUCUGAAGGUCUUUAUGCAAUUGCUGUAGUUUUAAGUUUCUCCAGAAUAGCCUACAUUUUACCAGCAAAUGAAAGCUUUGGACCUCUGCAGAUAUCACUUGGAAGAACAGUGAAAGACAUCUUCAAGUUCAUGGUCAUAUUCAUCAUGGUGUUUGUGGCCUUUAUGAUUGGAAUGUUCAACCUCUAUUCCUACUACAUUGGUGCAAAGCAAAACGAAGCCUUCACAACAGUGGAAGAGAGUUUUAAGACACUGUUUUGGGCUAUAUUUGGACUUUCCGAAGUGAAAUCAGUGGUCAUCAACUAUAAUCACAAAUUCAUUGAAAACAUCGGUUAUGUUCUUUAUGGAGUCUAUAAUGUUACAAUGGUUAUUGUUUUGCUAAAUAUGUUAAUUGCAAUGAUCAACAGUUCAUUCCAGGAAAUUGAGGAUGAUGCUGAUGUGGAGUGGAAAUUUGCGAGGGCCAAACUUUGGUUUUCCUACUUUGAGGAAGGAAGAACUCUUCCUGUUCCCUUCAACCUGGUGCCAAGUCCAAAGUCCCUGUUUUAUCUCCUACUGAGGCUUAAAAAAUGGAUUUCUGAGCUGUUCCAGGGCCAUAAAAAAGGUUUCCAGGAGGAUGUGGAAAUGAACAAGAGAAAUGAAGAAAAGAAAUUUGGAAUUCUGGGAAGUCAUGAAGACCUUUCAAAAUUAUCACUUGACAAAAGACAGUGGCCUCUAACAAAAGAAGGAGACAUCAAAUUAAUGAUUUGCCACCAUGAGGCUGUGCAUUCAUGAAGAGAUGGACGUGAUGCACACAAAGAUUCCCUUUGCCUGGAUCCUUUCGCUCUGGUUAUGAACCUGUCCUCACCCUCCAUGCUUUAUCAUAAAAACUAAGGGAUGGAAGUGAUGACUCUGGUCAUCAUGUUUAAUGAUGUCUUUAAAGCAUAAAUCAUAGUUUGAAAUCCAGGAAUCAUAUCUAAUAUAUUAAAUAUCAUUAUAUUUUAUAAUAUUAUAAAAAUAAAUGAUUAUGUAAUUUGAAAAUAAACAUUAAAAUAUUAUUAAAAUAUGUUGAAGUUUGCAUUUGUUUCACAAAUUCAUAAAUUAGUAGGACUUGAAGGACUGUAGAGGUCAACUAGGGCAUUCCCUUCACUGUCAGAAGAGAUUGUAGGGUUUCAGCUUCUCACCUAGUAUCCCACAGCUAACUUGUGGCAGAGCCAGAUUUGAGUUUUCAGGUUUCUGUCAAGUGCUCUUCUACAGAACCCAAGCUGCCUCUGGUUAAUUUGGUCAAUUGUAAAAUUUUAUCUUAAUUUUUUAAAAGUUAAUAUAAAGUUAAAAAAAAUACGGACAUUUUGCUGACAUUAUUAGAGAGGGUGAAAUAAAAGGCAAAUAGCUACAUGGAAAAGGAUGCUAUCGAAACAAUAUCUUCACAAUGAAUAUGAAUCUUGUCAGCCUUGCCAUACUUUUCCCAUUAUUAUAACUCAGCUAGAUCAUAGUUAUUUAUGUUAUUCAUUAAAUACUCAGAACAUAGCACAGCACCUUACAUAUAGAGGUCACUCACACAUACCUGUUUAAUGGAUGAAUGUGUGCAUAGCUGCUUGAAUUCAGCAUGUGGCCACUUAAAGCAUCAAUGCAUUGAAGUCAAGGAUUUUAAUUGAGUCUCAUUGAGCUUUACCUGUAGCAACUUAGAUGUCAUUGGGAAAUAUAAAUCAUGGCUGUCUUAGUAGAUAGUCUUGAAGUUUCUUCUCCCCUGAAAAAGAGUUUUGCACCCCCAAAAAUGUAUAUUUGGAGAUGCUGUGUUUUGCUCAAUUUCUCCUACUUAUUUCUUUGUAAAACCACUUUUUUCCCUUUAGAAAAUGCCUUAAAGAGGUUUUUAAUCAUCCUCUUGUCAUGUUAAUAUGGUACUUUACCACCUCUCUUGCAGAUUACUUUCCUUGUUAUUUUCCUAUUCAAGCAAAUGUAUUAUUUGAAAAGUGCUGCCCAGAUAGGAUACUAUAUAUAUCCUAAAAUUCAAAUGGUUUAUUAGUGCUUUCUUGGCACCUGAAUCUUAUCCUACAACAAAGUCUUACCCUGGUGUUUCUUCAGGAGUCUUAUCACAGUCUCUACUGCAGGUGUGGAUGGUGUGGUCAAUCAUGCUGGACUGUGGAUCCCUCAUCAAUGGACUUCUGAAAUCACCACCGUUAUUUUCUCAACUUGUUUGCCUCUUCCUCCACCAAGGGUGUAUCUGUGGGAAUGUUAAAACAUGACUCUCAUGACAAAAUGAUUGAUAGCCACAAAGUCUAAGAGUGUCCUCAGACAACCUCUAAUAGACACUGAGAGGCUGAACACACCUGAAGUGUCUAUGAUUUGUCUUGGAAGACAGAAUAUUAAGCAAAUUAAGUUAAAAUGGCACUAUAUAUAUAGAAAAGAUUAUUUAUAUAUAUGAGACUUAGUUCACAUAUAUAACAAUGAGAUAAAUAUCAUCACACUGAAAAAAAAUUAAAUGAUAAUCAA